AUGUCUGUCGGAAUUAAAAUUAACGAUCCUGGAGCUGCAUUCGCCACCCAUCAGCUUGCAGUCACCAGGGACUAUGUCUCACAACCCAGGCUCACUUAUAAAACCGUGUCUGGAGUCAAUGGACCCCUUGUUAUAUUGGAUGGAGUGAAGUUUCCUAAAUUUGCUGAAAUAGUCAAACUAACAUUGCAAGAUGGAAGCAUUAGAAGUGGUCAAGUACUGGAAGUCAGUGGCUCUAAAGCUGUCGUUCAGGUAUUUGAAGGUACCUCAGGUAUUGAUGCAAAGUAUACGACGUGUGAAUUUACUGGCGAUAUCUUAAGGAUACCUGUUUCAGAAGAUAUGUUGGGGAGAGUUUUCAAUGGCUCAGGAAAGCCCGUUGACAAGGGUCCAAAUGUUUUAGCCGAAGAUUUUUUAGAUAUUCAAGGACAACCAAUCAACCCUUGGUCCAGGAUUUAUCCUGAAGAAAUGAUUCAAACUGGCAUAUCUGCUAUUGAUGGUAUGAAUAGCAUUGCCCGUGGUCAGAAGAUUCCUAUAUUCUCGGCCAACGGACUUCCACACAAUGAAAUAGCGGCACAAAUCUGCAGACAAGGAGGUCUUGUGAAACUUCCAGGAAAGAGUGUACUCGACGAUCACCACGAUAACUUUGCUAUCGUCUUUGCGGCUAUGGGUGUGAACAUGGAGACGGCUCGAUUCUUCAAGCAAGAUUUCGAAGAGAACGGUUCUAUGGACAAUGUGUGUCUCUUUCUCAACCUGGCUAAUGAUCCUACAAUUGAGAGAAUCAUCACACCUCGAAUUGCGCUGACCACGGCCGAGUUCAUGGCCUACCAGUGUGAGAAGCACGUCCUGGUCAUCAUGACUGACAUGAGUUCGUACGCCGAAGCUCUCCGUGAGGUAUCAGCAGCCCGAGAGGAGGUACCUGGCAGACGAGGAUUCCCUGGCUACAUGUACACCGAUCUGGCCACCAUCUACGAGAGGGCUGGCAGGGUUGAGGGAAGAAACGGGUCAAUCACCCAGAUUCCCAUUCUUACAAUGCCUAACGAUGACAUAACUCACCCAAUUCCCGACCUGACUGGCUACAUCACAGAAGGACAGAUUUACGUUGACAGGCAACUCCAUAACAGACAGAUCUAUCCUCCCAUCAACGUGCUGCCCUCACUGUCAAGGUUGAUGAAGUCAGCCAUUGGGGACAACAUGACCAGAGAUGACCAUGCAGAUGUCUCCAAUCAGCUGUAUGCCUGUUACGCCAUUGGAAAAGAUGUACAGGCGAUGAAGGCCGUAGUGGGAGAGGAGGCCCUGACACCGGAAGAUCUGCUCUACCUCGAGUUCCUUCAAAAAUUCGAAAAAACUUUUAUUGCUCAGAGUCCCUACGAGAACAGGACAAUCUUCGAGACACUGCAGAUAGGAUGGCAGCUGCUGAGGAUCUUCCCGAAAGAAAUGUUGAAACGCAUUCCACAACCUCUCCUGGCCAAGUAUUACCCCAGGGAAGCUAAGGAGGAAUAAAAGUCCCUUCGUACAUACACUAACCAACCCUCAACUACUCAUCCAUCUGCAACAUUCUUUUUCCAUUCACCUACUUGCUUACCACUUACAAGUCGACCUUAUUUAAUUUUCCGAAGAUGUAUUUCAUAGGAUUUAAUGGCUCAUAGAAUUGUCCUUUAUUUUAGAUAGAAACGUAAAUCAUGUACUAGAUAUAGUUUUUUCUAUAAUUAUGAUUAAUUUCAUAACUUUUUCUGAGAGGAUCGUUGUAUUUGACGCUUUUCAGAUUGUAAAUUGUUUCCAACUUUUUAAGAAUUUAUUUAUCUUUGUUGUAAAUUACUUUUUUUUUACGAUGAAGUUUUUCAAGUUUGAUUAGCUGAUUUUAUGUCUAAUUGUGCGUAAUAAUCUUUCUCCUUAAUGAUUUAUUUAUUCGUUAUAAUUAUCGAUCAUGUUUCUUUAGUUGAAAAGUUGUUUUAUUAUAUAAUAAAUGUCUAUGUAGUUUAAUUCAUUUUCUCCUAUGAACAUUGUGUGUUGUGUGCGUGUGUGCGCGUGUGUCUGCUGCUGAGUGUGGUGUCUGUGUUUUUAUGUGUGCGUGGAUAUCUGUAUUUAUUUGUGAUGUUGAACUAACUGAAUGAAAAUUUGAAAAAUGUAUGGCUCUAUUUAAAAUGCAUUGAUAUAGGUAAUUAAUUAAGCUGUUUCUAGUGUCAAUCCGUGUUUGUAAAAAUUUUCAAUUAAAUUUUGGAACUUAACGUG